AUGAUCAGGCGCCUCCAAUUUCAUAGCCCGGUCACACGCAUCUCCUCCGUCCACCACCGCCUAUUUCACUCCACCACCAGCAACCCCUCCGACUAUAAUACACCAUGUCCUCCAUCACCAGUCACCACUCCCGAUCCCUUAACACCAGUCAACCCAUCACAUCUCCUCCGCGUCUGCACCAUCCUCUACCAACAACAAGACUCGCCGGAAUCAAGACUCCACACCUCUCUCUCCCGCUGCGAAUUUGACCUCACCCAUGAAUUCUUCCUUCAAAUCUGCAACAAAUUCCCCUACUCCUGGAAACCCGUAUACAAGUUUCACAAAUUCACCCAAACCCAAACCUUCAACCACACUCCCGUCACAGUAAACAAAAUGCUUGACGUCGUCGGAAAAUCCAGAAACAUCGACCUUUUAUGGGAUCUGAUCAAUGAAAUCGGGCAUAGCCGUUUGGUUACAGAUAAAACGUAUAAGAUAGCGAUUAAAACGUUGGCGUCCGCGAGGGAGAUGAAGAAAUGUGUCGAGUUUUUUCACGUAAUGAAUGGAUUCGGUUACGAUUAUAAUCUAGGAACUCUGAACAGAGUGAUUGAGACUUUAUGUGGGUGUAAACUUGCUGAAGAAGCUAAACACAUUGUUUUAAAAUUGAAGGAAUGGAUUAAACCAGAUGGGUUCACCUACAAGUGUUUGAUUCGUGGGUUUUGUGACGUCGGUGAUUUGGUUGAAGCUUCAAAGAUAUGGAAUGUAAUGGUGGAUGAAGGUUUUGAUGUGGAUAUCGAUGGUGUCGAAAAGAUGAUGGAAACGCUUUUCAAAACAAAUAGAUUCGAUGAAGCAAUGAAGCUUUUUCAAUCCAUUGACGAUUUAGGGCUUUCGACUUACAAGCUUGUGAUUCAUUGGAUGUGUAAAAAGGGGAAGCUUGGUCACGCACGGAAGGUGUUCGAUGAAAUGCGUGAGAGAGGUAUACAACCAGAUUGUACAAUACAUGGUUCAUUAAUUUAUGGGUUUUUAAGCAACGGUAGAAUCCGUGAAGCUUAUAACAUUGCCGAAUCAAUUGAGAGACCCGAUAUAAGUGUUUACCAUGGUUUAAUCAAAGGACUCUUGAGAUUAAAAAAGGCAAAUGAAGCAACAAAUGUGUUUAGGGAGAUGAUAAGGAGAGGGUGUGAGCCUACAAUGCACACAUAUGUAAUGCUAUUGCAAGGGCAUUUAGGUAAAAGAGGGCGAAAAGGAGAUGACCCAUUGAUUAAUUUUGACACGAUUUUUGUUGGUGGGUUAGUUAAGGCUGGGAAGUCGUUGGAAGCUAGUAAAUAUGUUGAGAGAGUGAUGAAUCGAGGAGUUGAAGUGCCUAGAUUUGAUUAUAAUAAAUUCUUGCAUUAUUAUUCCAACGAAGAAGGUGUUGUUAUGUUUGAGGUGAUGUCGAAGAAAUUAAGAGAAGUUGGUUUGUUUGAUUUAGGUGACAUAUUUGAAAGAUAUGGUCAGAAAAUGGCCACUAGGGAGAAACGAAGAGAAAGAGAUAGAUGA